GUUGUUGUUAUUUUUUUUUUUAAAUUUAAGAAUAAAAGAUGAGCCAAUGUCAGAAAUAAAUUUUCCUGUGAAUGAAGAAAUUGAGGAAAGUGCAAUGGAUGAACCUCAUACACCUUUGCAACUAGAAGAACUUCCAAGUGCUUUACAAACUUUGGAAACCGAAGGUUCUGCAACUAUGAAAGACGAAGAAAAUAUGAAAUGGCCUGGGCAGAAUGUUAAAAAAGAAGGCUCUGAAUCUACUCCUAACCUUGAUCCAGAUGAUGAGAUUGAUGGUAGUGAUUCUCCUACAUCUUCAAUGGUUAGUGACAUUGAUAUGUCUUCACAAGGCAUAAAUUCUAUCGGAGUUACUGACAUAUCCCCUGGUAUUGAAUGCACUCGUAUUGGAAAACCCCCAAAGAAAAAGUAA